CAAUUUCUCUCUUCUUGUGAGCUGGAUAGAGAAAUAAUGGCGAUGGACAUGGCAAUCCGAUCUUCGUUCACUACAAAACUUCCUCUCCAUUCUUCUUCUUCUUCUUCUUCUUCGGCUUCUCCUUCCAUUUCACCCAGAGCUUGCUGCAAAAAUCAGCUGAAACCCAUCUCUGUCUCGCUUCCAACUUCAACCACAAUCUCUCUCUUGGCUCUAUUCACACCUCCCCAUGAAGCCAAGGCCGCCACUCUUUCUAAAGACCAGAUUGUCUCCUCUCUCAAUGAGGUUGAGAAGACAAUUGAUCAAGUCCAGGAAGUGGGUUCGACUGUUUUGGACAAUGCACAGCGUGUUCUUCAAGUUGUGGGGGAGUUUCUGAAACCAGCUGUUGAGAAGGGGUUGCCUAUUGCGCAGAAAGCUGGAGAAGAGGCUUUAAAGGCUGCUUCUCCGGCAAUUUCCGAGGUCUCAAAGAAAGCCCAAGAGGCAAUUCAAAGCUCUGGCAUUGAUACAGAAACUGUUGUUACUGCAGCCAAGACGGUAGCAGAUGCAGCAGAGAAGACUACGAAGGUGGCCACACCUAUCGCUUCAUCAACUGUCGAAGCCAUCUCAUCUGCAGAUCCUACUGUAAUUGUAGGAACAGCUGGAGCAUUAUUUGUUUCAUACCUCCUCCUUCCUCCCAUCUGGUCUGCCAUCUCUUUUGGCCUUCGUGGUUAUAAAGGUGAUCUUACACCUGCUCAAACACUUGAUCUAGUAUGUUCGCAAAGUCACACAAUGAUUGAUAUACGAUCUGAGAAGGACAAAAGCAAGGCUGGUGUUCCUCGCCUUCCCUCUAGUGCUAAGAACAGGCUUAUUUCAGUUCCGUAAGUAAAUCUGCUUCUUCUUCCAUGGCU